ACACUCUAAAACGUUUUAUCCUCAGUUUCUUUCACCACCUAGCUUCUUCAUAUGUGUGAAAAUCAUCAAUCCCUCUCAAACUCUUCUCACCACUAAUUUCUUCCUCUGGAACAUUCUCUUCUCUAUUUUUGAUUCCUUGACUUCAACACUGGUUUCUCAAUUGCGUGAUCUUGGCUUGCCUUCAGUUACUUUGAUUCACUGAGAAAGAUGGCGACUGGAGUAUUGCCAGCUCCGGUUUCCGGGGUUAAGGUCCCGGAUUCGAAACUCGGGUUUGGUAAAAGCAUGAAUCUUGUGAGAAUUUGUGAUGUUAGGAGUCUAAGAUCUGCUAGAAGAAGAGUUUCGGUUAUCCGGAAUUCAAACCAAGGCUCUGAUUUAGCCGAGCUUCAACCUGCAUCAGAAGGAAGCCCUCUCUUAGUGCCAAGACAGAAAUAUUGUGAAUCAUUGCAUAAGACGGUGAGAAGGAAGACUCGUACUGUUAUGGUUGGAAAUGUCGCCCUUGGAAGUGAACAUCCGUUAAGGAUUCAAACGAUGACUACAUCUGAUACAAAAGAUGUUGCUGGAACUGUUGAUGAGGUUAUGAGAAUAGCUGAUAGAGGAGCUGAUAUUGUGAGAAUAACUGUUCAAGGGAAGAAAGAGGCGGAUGCGUGCUUUGACAUAAAAGAUAAACUUGUUCAGCUUAAUUACAAUAUACCGCUGGUUGCAGAUAUUCAUUUUGCCCCUGCUGUAGCCUUACGAGUCGCUGAAUGCUUUGACAAGAUCCGUGUCAACCCCGGAAAUUUUGCGGACAGGCGGGCCCAGUUUGAGACGAUAGAAUAUACAGAAGAUGAAUAUCAGAAAGAACUCCAGCAUAUCGAGCAGGUCUUCACUCCUUUGGUUGAGAAAUGCAAAAAGUACGGGAGAGCAAUGCGUAUAGGGACAAAUCAUGGAAGUCUUUCUGACCGUAUCAUGAGCUAUUACGGGGAUUCUCCGCGAGGAAUGGUUGAAUCUGCUUUUGAGUUUGCAAGAAUAUGUCGGAAAUUAGACUAUCACAACUUUGUUUUCUCAAUGAAAGCGAGCAACCCAGUGAUCAUGGUCCAGGCGUACCGUUUACUUGUGGCGGAGAUGUAUGUUCAUGGAUGGGAUUAUCCUUUGCAUUUGGGAGUUACUGAGGCAGGAGAAGGCGAAGAUGGACGGAUGAAAUCUGCGAUUGGAAUCGGGACGCUUCUUCAGGACGGGCUCGGUGACACAAUAAGAGUUUCACUGACGGAGCCACCAGAAGAGGAGAUAGAUCCCUGCAGGCGCUUGGCCAACCUCGGGACAAAAGCUGCCGAACUUCAACAAGGCGUUGCACCGUUUGAAGAAAAGCAUAGGCAUUACUUUGAUUUUCAGCGUCGGACGGGUGAUCUACCUGUACAAAAAGAGGGAGAAGAGGUUGAUUACAGAAAUGUCCUUCACCGUGAUGGUUCUGUUCUGAUGUCGAUUUCUCUGGAUCAACUAAAGGCACCUGAACUCCUCUACAGAUCGCUCGCUACAAAGCUGGUCGUCGGUAUGCCAUUCAAGGAUCUGGCAACUGUUGAUUCAAUCUUAUUAAGAGAGCUACCGCCUGUUGAUGAUCAAGUGGCUCGUUUGGCUCUAAAACGGUUGAUUGAUGUCAGUAUGGGAGUUAUAGCACCUUUAUCAGAGCAACUAACAAAGCCAUUGCCCAAUGCAAUGGUUCUUGUCAACCUCAAGGAACUAUCUGGUGGCGCUUACAAGCUUCUCCCUGAAGGUACACGCUUGGUUGUCUCUCUACGAGGUGAUGAGCCUUACGAGGAGCUUGAAAUACUCAAAAACAUCGAUGCUACUAUGAUACUCCAUGAUGUACCCUUCACUGAAGAAAAAGUUAGCAGAGUACAUGCAGCUCGGAGGCUAUUCGAGUUCCUAUCCGAGAAUUCAGUUAACUUUCCUGUUAUUCACCACAUAAAUUUCCCAACCGGAAUCCACAGAGACGAAUUGGUGAUUCAUGCAGGGACUUAUGCUGGAGCCCUUCUUGUGGAUGGACUCGGCGAUGGUGUAAUGCUCGAAGCGCCUGACCAAGAUUUUGAGUUUCUUCGGAAUACUUCCUUCAACUUAUUACAAGGCUGCAGAAUGCGUAACACUAAGACUGAAUAUGUAUCGUGCCCGUCUUGUGGAAGAACACUUUUCGACUUGCAAGAAAUCAGCGCCGAGAUUCGAGAAAAGACUUCACAUUUACCUGGCGUUUCGAUCGCAAUCAUGGGAUGCAUUGUGAAUGGACCAGGAGAAAUGGCUGAUGCUGAUUUCGGAUAUGUAGGUGGUUCUCCCGGAAAAAUCGAUCUUUAUGUCGGAAAGACGGUGGUGAAGCGUGGGAUAGCCAUGACGGAGGCAACAGAUGCUCUGAUCGGUCUGAUCAAAGAACAUGGUCGUUGGGUCGACCCGCCCGUGGCUGAUGAGUUUCAUUUCGUGUUCCAUCAUCGUCUUCUAGGGUUUCGAUUUUUCUUCAGUUUAGCUACUGUUUUUGUUGUUGUUACUCUGCUCGAGCUGGAAGAGGCAGAUAUCUAUGUUACGCAACAUAUCGAGACGCUUCUCGAAUCAGUUACAUCUGUCAAACGACUUACACUACGCCAAUUGUACAACACUAUAGAUGAGUCUAAGUAUCGUGCUGGUAUAGUGUUCAAUCAGCUUGAACAAAGUGAUGAUGAACGUUAUGAGGAGUAUGAACCGGAUUACUGGAAGAAUAUACGAAGAUCUGUUCCUAAAAGUUUGAAGAGCAGUCUGGUAACUUUGGAGUUUGCAGGGUACAAGGCAAGACCAGAAGAGAGAGAUUUCUUGAGUUUUAUCUUCAAAAACGCUCGUCGCUUGAAGACUUCAUCAAUCUCGCAUUGACCACAAUAGAAACUUGAGAGUUUUAUCGCAUUUUAUUCUGAAUCUUCUUGUCCAAAAACAAUUUGGUAUUAAACUGAAUAUGGGAACUUGCUUAAGAACGAAACUAGUGUACCUUCUUAUCAUGUGGUUAGUCCUAUGAUCUGGUUAUAUGUGUGUGUGUGGCAUAGUCUUAUGCUUGUUCAAGAUAUUUCAACUAAAUCCGAAAUACAAUU